AUGUCCGCUCCAGCAGCUAACGAUGUCGUUUCUUUCAAGGACCGGGCAACGGCCGAUCAGGCCAAACCCCACAACGAUCUCCUUGUCAUCGAGCUGACGAUCCAGGACAUCGACGUAGCGAGAGUGUUGGUCGACACCGGAUGCUCGGCCAAUAUUAUCUACAAAAGCACCCUCGAAAGAAUGGAGAUCGAUCUGUGCGCCGUUACAGAAAGACCCAGCCCGAUAUUCGGACUCUCGGGAAAUGCUACUAUGACUCUUGGCUCGAUCGACCUGGUUGUUAAAGCCGGGAGCGUCACCAAAGUCACGGAAUUCUUAGUCAUCGACCGCCCAACAUCGUACAACGCGAUCGUCGGUACUCCACGACUGAAUUCCAUGCGAGCGAUCCCUUCGACAUUCCAUCUGUGCCUUAAGUUUCCAACCCCUCGUGGAGUCGAAACUAUACAAGGAGACCGCAGGAUGUCGCAAGUAUGUUUCGCCGCCGAGUUAAAAAGAAAGAACUUGGCGAUCGAAACUUCCCAUAAAAAGAAAAGAAAGCUGACUCUCGAUGAGAACGCCCCAGAACGAGACUCGGAAGUCUUUUGGCAAUCUCAAAGGGCCGAAGCCCUAGAAGGGAAGCGCGAACCAACUUGCGAACCGGUAAUUUCGAUCUGCCUCGACGAAUCCUCUCCGGAACGAUGCAUCGAGAUUGGAGCCAACCUCCGCGAGCCACUAAAGACAGAGCUCAUCGCCUGUCUCAAAAAGAACCUCAAUCCGUUCGCUUGGGCCGCAGAAGAAAUGCCAGGGAUUGAUAUCAGCAUAAUGUGUCAUGAGCUUAACAUCGAUCCGACCUACAGACCCGUCAAACAAAAAGGCGGAAGCUAG